AUGGAUACAAUUGAGUGUCAAAGCCAUGAUGCCCUUCAACAACCUAAAACCGGCACCACUUUUCUUAGGACCUGUUUCAAUGGCCUCAAUGCUAUGUCAGGUGUUGGAAUAUUGUCAAUCCCAUAUGCACUGUCUCAAGGAGGCUGGAUGAGCUUAAUACUCUUAUUCAUGGUAGCAAUCAUCUGCUUCUACACGGCCUUACUCCUCCGUCGAUGCAUGGAUGCAAACCCUCUUACCAAUACAUAUCCCGAUGUAGGAGAGUUGGCGUUUGGGAAAAAGGGGAGGACAAUCGUGUCCAUGUUUAUGUACUUAGAGUUGUUCUUGGUAGCGGUUGAGUUCUUGAUUCUACAAGGAGACAACUUGGAUAAGCUCUUUCCGGGUGUCUCUUUUAUCUUUGCUGGGAAGAAACUGUUUGUUUUGUUAACUGCCUUGAUCAUUUGGCCUACCUUGUGCCUCACAAAUUUGGGCUUGUUGGCUUAUGUUUCGGUUGGAGGUGUCUUCGCCUCUUUUAUCAUGGUGGGCUCGGUGUUUUGGUCAGGUGCAGCCGCAGAUGGUGUAGGGUUCGAGGAAAAAGGAGAGCUUUGGAUAUGGAGCAGUUUGCCGACAGCCAUAAGCUUAUAUACUUUCUGUUAUUGUGGACAUGCAGUUUUUCCUACUCUUAACAAUUCAAUGAAAGACAAGAUCCACUUCCCCAAGGUUUUGUUUGUUUGCUUCUUAAUAAGCACCGUCAUCUAUGUUUCCAUGGCAAUCGAAGGCUACCUCAUGUUUGGUGGAAGUCUUGUGUCACAAGUGACACUAAAUCUCCCAUCUCAGCUCAUGAGUUCUAAAAUUGCAAUUUAUACAACUCUAGUCGGGCCAAUAACAAAAUACGCGUUAGUGAUCUGUCCCAUCGCGACCGCAAUUGAAGAUAUGUUCCCUUUCUCUAGAAGAAAAGUCAUCACCAUCCUUAUUAGAACCGCUAUAUUACUCAUCACCGUAGUGGUGGCGAUGGCGGUUCCUUAUUUUGGGUAUGUGAUGACGUUCAUGGGAGCUUUUCUUGGGGUGGGAGUUUCGAUCGUGCUUCCGUGCUUGUGUUAUUUGAAGAUCCACAAAGAUAUGAAGAGAUUUGGAUUAGAGUAUAUGAUCAUAGUGAUCAUUUUGAUGAUGGGUAUAUUUGUUUCCAUUGUGGGUACUUAUACUUCUAUUAGAAAUAUUGUAAUGCAUUUAUUGUCAUCAUCAUCCUAAUUUAAUCUAAUCUAUGAAUAAAAUAAUUUUACCAAUUGA